AUGGCCACCCGCACUACAGACGCCAAUGGGCAUGUGGCCCCUUCGCCCGACCUGUCCGACUUGCCUGAACGUGCGCAAUCUACUCCCCACGGACCCGAAGACUCGCGAAUCCCUGAACGUGCGACCUCGAUAGAUAGAGCAGGACUCUUGGAUAAUGGCGCGACGCCAGGACGCAAGCGCAAACUGAAUAGCAUGUCGUCAAGAGGUGUUGCCAACCUCACUCCUGAUCAGUUGGCGAAAAAGCGGGCCAAUGACCGCCAAGCGCAGCGCGCAAUUCGAGAAAGGACCAAGGGCCACAUAGAAGGUCUGGAGCAACAGGUCCGGGACCUGUCAUCACAAAAGCCCUACCUUGAUCUUCAAGCAGCUCUGCGUGAGAAUGAGUUGAUUCGGUCGGAGAACGCGGAGCUCCGCCAAGGGCUGAAAGCGGCAAUGGACAUUCUCCAACCAUUGAUGGCUAAGCCAGAACUGCGAGAUGCGUCUCAUUCUCUAGCUAUACCCAAGUCCGCCCCGCCCGCUUCGCAUACAUCCCCAUUGUCCUACACCGACCACCUCACCCCCUUUUCAGGCGAGAAAUCCUACCCCGAGUCUCUUGCCAGCCUUGAUACGCCUUCUCCGACUCAUUCUGCGCCUAAUUUCGGGAGUCGCCGCAACAGUACAAAUGGAAGCCCUCCGUCGGCAUCUCUCCGUGUCGCAUGGGACUCGCAACGCCAUAAUAUCACUCACGGCCUAGACCUCGGCUGCGAGGAGCGUCUAGGGUUUAAUUUCCUUCUUAGUGAUAUGCAUAGUGUUCCCAAAGUCGACGUUGUUCACCGCAGCACCCCAGAUAACCUCCGCUAUCCGCAGCUGAACCCUUCGUCUUCAAUAUACCCACAUCCCUCGACUACUCCCUCUAAACCAGGGCCACCUGCAUUCGCCGCUCCGGUACAAAACUUAACAGCGACAUGUCCGUUGGAUACCAUCCUUUUGGAAUUUCUCCAUAGCCGACAACGCGAGGCGGCUCAAGGCAUCCCUAGACAAAAAUUAGCCGGGCCACCGUACCCGAGUGUCUCUUCGCUGCUGAAUCCGGAGAGGAGCGUCUACUCUCAUCCAGUCUCAAAAGUCUUCACAGAUAUCCUGCGCGCCUUUCCAGACGUCGAUUCUCUGCCGGAGCAGGUUGCUGUCCUCUACUCCAUGUUUCUCAUCAUGCGCUGGCAAAUUUACCCUACGCAAGAGAAUUAUGAGCGACUCCCAGAUUGGUUAACCCCGCGCCCGACACAACUUCUCCAUCCACACCCUGCUUGGAUGGAUUACGUUCCCUGGCCGCGAAUGCGUGACAGGAUCGUUACCAAUUACCAGAACUAUCCGUUUGAGAAUUGGUUCAUCCCAUAUACGCGUGAGAUGAGCCUCAAUUGGCCUUACGAGGAUACGGACUGUUUGCUGUCAACCGGAGACUCGGACGAGCUGGUUAUCAACCCGGUCUUCGAACGGCAUAUGAGAAAUUUAUCCAAUUGGUCUUUGGGGCCCGGAUUUGCAAAAUGUUUUCCCGCUUUGGCAGACGCUACACGAAUCAUGCCGAAGCCAAAGCUCAACCCAUCAAGCGGAACAGACUCACAUAGUGGCUACACGACCACUUAA